GUGGAUUUCACUCCUUUGAGUCUCCUUUAAGUCCUUUGAACACUCAGGCGAAGACACACGUUUUGGACCGACAAUCGUUUGUUACUUGUGGUCAUUGGAUUAAAAGCUUCUGUUGUACAUCAUGGAUAGCAACUCUGCAAAAAAGAUUAAGAAUCAAGGUCGUGUUGCCCUCAGGAGUGAAGGCAAGAGCGGCAGCACAACUGAAGAAAGUGCAGCUUUUGCACAAGAUGGCUGGAGUAGAACAAGUAAGAGGAAAGCCAGUCCAGAAAAGGACGCACCAAGAAAGAAGAUAAGGCUUUCUGAAUGUGAACCCCAAAACACCACUAAGAAGGAACCGCUCAUCAAAAUCAGAAAAGAUGGAGUUGGACCUUCAAAGGGGUGCAGACUUGACUUGAACCAGAGAUCAGUGUCCUCUUCAGUGAACACUGACAGUGAGAGCAGCAGUAACCAGUUGAACAGGGGCAAUACAACUGAGAAAGAUGUGAGCAAGAGCACAAGUAAGAGGAAGGCUGCCGCUGGUGAGGAUGGACCACUCACAAAAAGAAGGAAGGGCUUGCCCACCAAAAAGGAUCUGAUAAAAGCCCGAAGAGCUGAAUUUGAGGCCAGAUACUGGCAGGGGGAUCAGCUCGGUGAAGGAGGCUUUGGAUGUGUGUUUUCCGGCUAUCGCAAAGCAGAUAAUCUACCUGUUGCCAUCAAACACAUAACCAAAGGCAAACUGUGGUGCAAAGCAGAGGACCAAAAUGGGAAAAAAAUCCCAGUUGAAGUAGCUGCUAUGUUAAAACUUCAAGAUGGAAGGACUGAAUUAGUGGAGGAUUCAGCAGCUGUUUCCCUCCUGGACUGGUAUGAUCUUGGUCGGGAGCUGGUCCUGGUGCUGGAGAGACCAGUGCCUUGCAUGGACCUUUUAAAUUUCAUCAAGAUCAACAGAGGCCCCAUACAGGAGGACAAGGCAAAGAUCAUAUUUAAACAACUGGUUGAAGCAGCAAAGGAACUUGAAGAUAAGAGCAUUUUUCAUCGGGAUAUCAAGAUAGAAAACAUCCUGAUUGAGACCAGCUCAGAUGUGCCACGUGUUCGUUUGAUUGACUUUGGCCUGAGCUGUUUCUUCAAGAAAAAAUCUGCCUACCGUGUCUUCUGUGGUACCCUUCAACAUGUCCCUCCGGAGUGGUACAUUCAGUCUUCCUACAGGCCCGGCCCCAGCACAGUGUGGCAGAUUGGAGUGGUGCUAUAUGAACUCCUCCACAGAAAAGUUCGAUUUGAUACCGCACGUUUCCUCAGAGAGGAGCUGACAAUCAGCGACAAGCUGUCUGAAAGUAAGAAAUACAUGCUCAUAACCAAACACAAAUCUUUUGAUUUUAGCUCACAUUCUAAUGGAUCACUGUGGCUGCCAGCUAAAUUUAAUCAUCUUUCUUUCCCUCCAGAUUGCCAGGAUUUGUUGUGGAAGUGUUUGAGCAUUGGCUACUGGCUGCGUCCUACACUAACAGAGCUCCAACUUCACCCGUGGCUAAACUAAACCAUUACUACGCCACACUAGGAUAUGGACCAUACCGUCCGCAAUACAAGAACUAAUUAUGGUCUCUUUUUACAAAAAUGGGGAUGCUUGGACUUUUGUGCCUUUCUUGUUUCUCUUCCUCUAUUGGUGACCACCAUGAUAUGUUUUUUCAACAUAUGUGGUUUUUAAAGAAAAAUAAAGUUUCUGCAUUUUCUA